AUGGACGUGGCGUCGAAGCCCUCUGCUGUGGCGUCCUCCACAGUCCCGCAAGGCCGCCCAAAGCCACGUGCGCUUGCAUUACAGCGCAGCGGUGGCGGCAUACUAGGCAACCGCCCCACACACCGUAGCGAAUCUCGCGUUUUCGGGACGGCUGCCAUACAUAGGGCCCUGUCACGGCAACCCGCCCAGCCGGAGCGCAAUGGACAGCGACACACGUCGUCCGACACAUCUCUGAGCAUCGCGGCAAAUGAUGCCGCCGCUGCGUGCUCAGCGCCAGCACUACCGGGCGCCGGCUGCCCGUCGUCAUCGGCGCAGCAGGAGGAGCAGCCGCAGAAUGGAGCUAGCAUUGAUCUUCCGUAUGUUCUGCAUGACAUGGACGAGCUCUUCUUCACCGACAUGCAGAACUGGAGAACUGAGGAAGAGCUCCCGGGCUUGGUCUGGUCGUUGCUCGAGGGCGUGUCGCUGGAGGCACCCUACACCAGCCAUCUGUGGGCGCAAGCCUACGUAAGCCCUGCUGACCUCUUGCCAGCGCCGAAGGCGAAAGCAUCUGCGCUGCCCGAUAUGUUUGUGCACCUCGAGAGCCAGCAGCGCACCAAUGGCUUCUACGCGUGCGUGCGGUGCGGAACACCGAUCUGCGAGCCAUCUCACCAAGUGAUGCCGGCAUCUUUCUCUCUUCGCGGCAUAGCAGUGUUCGAUGCCCUGCACAUGAACGGCGUGGAGCUCCGCGUGUGCACGCCAACCGUGAAAAGCGGAGCGCCGACGCAGUCGCGUGGGCGGCGCUCUUCGUCACCGAGCUUCCCAGCCGCCAAAUCGAACGGCAGAGUGGAGGCCGCUCCGGAGCUCGAUGUGGCCGCGGGCGGGUUGCGCUUCCUCGUGCAUUGCCGCCACUGCAAUGGGUGCCUGGGUGUGAUGCGGCUUGGUGAGGCGACGCGUGCCCCCUCUGCAGACGCGUCCAGGCCCAGAGUCGUGGCAACAACACCCGCCGCCGCACCUGCCACGGCGCUCUUCUGUGCGAACAGCGUGUGCCUCGAGUACAUGCCCUACCGCACGCGUGCCCGGCUUGAUCAGUCGAUAAUGAAUAGCACGGGUGGCGAUUCAGAAGCAGGCAGUAGCGGCCGCGGGGGUGGCGCGGCAAGCAUGUUUGGCCGCGCCUCUGCGGCGGAGCACGCCCAGUCCGGGGUUACACUGCGGUCUCUACUUGGUCCGCAGCACGGGGCGGCGGCGUGGGGCUUCGAGGGAGCCAUCGAUGUCGACUAUCGGGAGAAGCAGGGGGUCAUCAGCAACGCUGGCGGCGCCGCCGGCCUCGACGCGUCGUUCGACGCCUUGCUGGAGGGUCUCAACCUGUGCGGUGAUCUAACACCGAUGUCCAGCAGUGUUUGCUCAGACGGCUAA